CACCAGAAACCAACACACCCAGAAACCAACACAGUUGAACGGUGCGUGCUGAGAGAAUAUUGUGAAGGAAAUCUCUUGUGGAAUAUUAAAAGACAAAAGAAUGGCAGGCGGUGGUGACGACCUUGUGGCCAAGUUUCAGGAGUUUUGUACGCUAGCCGGAUCAAAAGACAAGACUCAGAUGACAUCCAAGGCGAGCGGCAAAAUGGUUGCGGACUGCCUGGAAAAGAACUACAAGAAAUACGACAUCAAGUCCAUUUGUGACGCCAGCGUCUUCCCGGCUAUCAAGGAGAAAGGGAAACCAUUUAUGACGGUGAACAAGGCUAACGUUGAAAAGUACGUACAGAAGACCGCACACGAGGUUGCCAAGCGCAAGACCAAAAACACAAAGAUUGCCGACAACGACCCGGAAGUGGAAACCAUCAAGGCCGACAUGUGUAGCUGCAUUUCCGGUGGAGGGCCGCAGGUGAAGGCCACGAAACAGUCAGCCACUGGGAAUGUGGGCGGCCUGACGGACGCCUCCAAGUACACUGGUGCGCACAAGGAGCGCUUUGACGCCGAUGGGAAGGGAAAGGGGAUUGAGGGACGGGCAGAUAUAGCGGACAAUUCCGGAUAUGUUGGAAACUACAAGGGACAGGAUACAUUUGACAAGAAAUAAUUAUUAACGAACUUUUAUAGUCUGGAAAAGUUAAGAUAAUUAAGUAUUCGAUUUAUGUAUGUACAUGUAUGUAUAUAUCUAUGUAUGAAUGCAUGUAUGCUGACGUCAAUGACAUUUACAAACAGGAAUAUUAUCUGUCUUGCUAAAGAGUUUUAAAUUCGCUUAUUUUGUUUGCUAAGCACACUUCUAAUGGUUGCCUUUUUAUUCUAACUGGCGAACGUAUUAGUGUGGUAGCCAUUUUUUACCAUUCUAGUUUUAUAUACACAAUCAUGUGCGCGUUUUUGCCAACCCUUUUUUAUGUUAUUUUAAGUUGUACGUACAUGCAUUUGGAUCAACCUGGAAAACUGCUGAUAUUUUUAAAUAUAAUGAAAAAAAAAUAGGCAAGCAAUAUUCAAACAUGUUUCAAAAUAUUUGUGUGCCUUGCUAUUUUUAUUUGUUUUUACAUAAACGUAAUAAAUAUUGUUCCUGUA